CGCUUUGUCUCCACAUCUUCCUUGCCGGGACGGGACCCGUAAUUUGCGGAAAGGUCUGGGGACGAAUGCAAGGGAGAGGAACCCCGCGCAGAGAAGCCUGCCAGUCAGGGCUUUGCAAGGACGACGACGACGACCAACGACCGUAGAUGGAUGGACCAACCAGCACAUCACUGCGCGAUGGGUGUUGCGUUCUUCGCACUGGAAGUAACGUUAUGUGCGCGAUGCGUUAGCCUGGCCCUCCCCCGUUGGCUAGGCUGUUUCCAGACAUGGCAGGGUGGCAACGUGUGUAUGCGUGUGUGUGCAGGUCAGUCGGUCAAUGGUGGAGUGGUGAAAGGAGGCAUCAAGAUUGGUCCGAAGUUGCCAACGGCGGACAGGACAGCAAGGACGAAACCCUCGGUACAGGGUACAGGAGGUUGGCCUUGGAGGAAGCGACGCAUGGCCGCCUUGGAAGCGUAUCUAAGUCUGCCGCCCCGGGUUGGCCCUCGAUCAACAGGACAGAUAGCACACGUAGAUAGAGAUGUUGAGGUUUCUGGGGACAGGGAUGUACAUGGACAGGCCGAACCUAGAUAUGCAGGCAGAUUAACAAGUUGCUGGGGUGCAUGCGGGAUGUCUCGGUCGUCAGUGUGUUGCGUCCACUUCUCCAGACCCCAUUGGGUUGUUGUUGUCUGGGGAGAGGGCUGUCAGUGUGUGGAAUGGCAACAUGGUGUGCGAGAUUUCCCGUCCUCUAUGCUUUCAGAGGCAUCGCGGGCAGCACCACUCUCAAAAGUCAGACGCUACGGCAGAAGCAGCAGGCAGACCGAUCGCCAUAGCCGAAGCCAAAGCUCCCAUGGCUCGACGAAGCUCGUCGAUGGGCAAAAGUGAGCAGGCCACCAUGGGGUCGAGGCACACGGUAGUGCGUCCGGUUCCCGAGCGUCGCCCUUCCUAGAGGCCGCCCUAGGAUCGAUAGAACUGGCAGGAGAUGGGACGUGGGCUUGGCCGAGGAUUUGGAGCCCUCGCUUGGCUGGGUAACGUCUGCGUUCAGGCGUCCCGAUUCGCAAGUUUGGGUUUCGCUGGUGAACGGGCUACGGCGUCAAGGUGUAGUGUUGGUGUCUGUGUUCUGUGUUGUGUACAUCCAGGGCGGGAAUUAUGCAGUGGCGUAUGUACGAUGUGUGAAAGCGCGCCGGCAACAUGGGAUGUGGACUCUGGUUGCGGUACGAUGGACACUUGAAAAUAGGUGACGGUAAGCAUGUCUGAGGUGUUGCUAAGCUGCGAUUUGUU